GCCCUCUUUGCUUCACUUCCAGCUGCCCUGAGAACCAUUGACACAAUUCUUUCGCAAAACGCUCAUAGCAAUUCGCAUAGAGCAAAACUUCCUACACGCCCAGCUCUACACGAGGCUCACCCUCGAUAGGUUCCCUCGAGUUCUCAUCGAGAUGACUUCUGUCUAUUAUCAGAUUGUGUCUUGACUCCCCGCGGGGCAAGAUAUGCUCGCUGGAGUCGCUGCCGUACGCUAUGAGGCUCUCCGACAGUGUGAGGGCUCGCGAGCAUAUGGAAGCAUAUCGUGGAGGGCGUCGAAGUCCAUAGAACAUCUGAUGGCGAUACCAGCUCCGCGGGCAAAGAUCGGCACUACAGCACAAAUCCAACGCGUCCCUAUGGCUCCCCAACGGUGGUCUUAAGCUCGAUUGCCAGCGAGCUCAAUUCAAACUUGGCAUUGGCACCAUCCCGCUGUCGCUUUUCCUUGAAACAUGCUGGGUCGAUCCAGUCUGAUGAGGUGUUCUCGGUCACCUUAUCUCCUGCAGAUCGUGGGAUUUACCUCUCGAUGGGUAAUGGGUUCGAUAGAGAAGCCGGUUCUCGUGGGCGGGCGCGACAAGUUCGCUCGCAGUCACUAGCUCUUCAUAAUGCUGCAUCGAGGCCCCUUGUCCAUUGCUUUUGGGAACAAGAGUGGCUACAUUUUCGUAUUCCCGAGGCACUGUCUUCUACUGCGCCCUUUGCUACCGGGGACGGGGAACCUUCAAAGGAGUAUAUUAUAAGAGUUUACCGACCAACCUCCCCGCUUUCGUUUUCUUUACCUCCCUCCCCACCCGUCUUCACCUCCUCCACACACCAGU